UUCACAUGAGUCAGUCGAAGUCUUGACUGAUGGUGCGAUGAACUUUGGAAUAUUAUUGUUUGUCGACUGCGUAUCAGUGAAAUCUCCAAGCUAAGCUGCUGUAAACGAAACAUAGAAUCUGAUACUGAUGGGGUGAUCAGAUGAUAGCAACUGGAUUGGGUUACCCCGGUGGUGUGACGAAACUGGUCCUGGCCUUUACUUUUACAGCUACGGCUAUGCAAGAAGAAGGAAAGCAGGAAAGAAAGAAAACGAUUUAUGAAAACUGCAUAGUGAAGUCAACAUUACUUCAAUUUCCUUUGAAACUCCAGGAUUUUUACUCUUUUUUUCACAGCAAUACGAAGGAAGCUGUUGCAAGUGAAAAUCCGAUAUUACUGUCGUGAUGAAAUCAAAUGAAAUGAUCGGUCCGGUUGGUUUAGUCCUAAUGUUCCUCGUUCUUUAUUUUACAGUCGUAGGCGCACAAGACCCGUGUGACGCCAGUGAUGCUAGGAAGAUCAUGUCCUGUGCUUCUAUUUUCGACUGGAACAUAUUUUCACCGAAAUGGGACACUUGUGAAAAGGAACUAAUCACAAAAAAAUUUUGUAGAGACAUGAUACUGAUGCACUUGUGUAUGAUUCAAAGUGAUAUUUCACCAGUUUGCUUGGAGGACAGUUCAACAGAGACAGAUUUAUACGUUUUCGGCUGCUCACUGAACGACGUGGAGAAAAUUUGUACCGAAGUGCUGGAAAGACCAGAACAGUGUGACUACGAUGUAGUUGAAAAGUCAAUGUCCUGUAUUUCUGACAGCUUCUUGAACUUUCUAUUACAUCACGGCGCUUCUUGUAAUACUGAACUAAUAACAAAGGAUCUUUGCACAGAUUUUUUAUGGACUAUGGAGUGCUUCAUUAAAAAAGAUAUUUCCUCAUAUUGCUUGAUGUACAACGUAACAGAAGGAUCUCAGCAAAACGAGUUUGAUUGUACAGUGCGCCACUUGGAGGAAAAGUGCAUCGAUGAUCGUUUCAUCAAAAGACACGGAGAUUCGGUGCAGACUACAAAACCUGGAGGAACUUCAAUUCAAACAAGAAACUCGCCAUCUAAAACUCGCCAUGUACAGUUGAGAGGGCAAACUAAAGGUGCCAGAGGAGGUUCAGUGACACACACUUCUUUUGCCCUGUUAAUUGUCAUCACCAUCCUAUUGCUGUUUAUUUCCAUGCAGAUUGUGUAGUUUAUGUCUUCUUUUAAAACCUGUCAACACCAUGUUUUUAAGUAUUGCAUAUUCUUGUAGCUUUCUAGCUUAUGUGUAUCAUACUGUUAGAUGUCAACCAGAUACUAGCACAACCUUUCUAGUGAUGGCAAGUUUAAGAUGAAACAAUGAAAAGUAUACGACAAUAGCUCAGCUUUUAUUACUUUGUGUCAGAGAGGAUAAACAAGUAAAAGACUCUUUCUCCUAUUUCACCACCUGUUUAUUAUCUCUUAUUUAAGGAAGAAACUACACAUGAAAUAAAUUCACAUUAUCUCUAUCAGUUAAUUACUGACAACAUUAUCAGCGCUUUGUUCAUGAAGAUCUGUUUAUGUUAGAACUUUAUCUUGCGGUUCUUAUUAUUGUUAAUUCUACACCACGAUUAAGAUUGUUUUAAUGCUAUUAGUUGUGUUAUAUUAAUAAGGAUGAGUCCAUGCUCAUGAUGUCAAUACAAAUAUCUGCCCUUCUUUGGCUUGAUACUUGUUAGUGGUUAUUGUAUAUUAUGUUUAACAAUCAUUUUCUUCUUUUGUAAUGUCGGGACAAAACCUAGAAACCCAGACAAUAUGAGCAGCUUUAAUGAAUUGCAAGCAUGAACACUCAUAACACGUUGAUGCCGCAAGCUUCUACCCUUUUGACUACAAUGUGCUCUGUAAUUAUGAGGCCAAGAUUUUUCCUGAAUGAAAUUCAUCAACUCCGUUGUCGUCGUUUGAUCUGCUGCUGCGCUAUCCCUGCUAUUGAACAAUGCUUCUGCGGUGAGAUAAGGGACACAACUCUUCGAUUUCUUCCUCUAUUUUGUUUGUCUCCCUUUACAUUCGCUUGCUUGCAAACAGAAAAAGCGCAGGCACACAAACAGGAGCAAACAUCAAAAUUAAUAUCAACCACAAGUUUAAUAAUAGCCGCAGCAAAGUUUCAAAGUAUUAGUUUGUAUACUUUACCAUACCAGUUGUUAAAACUCUUAUUUGGACUUAUUUAAAAUCUUUUGACAUUUGAAUUAUUCUUUGAUUAAAGAUGUCUUUGUGUGCACGGGACUGCUGCUUAUUAAACUUGUUUUUCCGGAGGUCAAAUAAGAAUGGCCGUUGGACGUAAGAUUCCACUUAAAUUAGGGGAGAAAACCCAAGUCGCAGUUGAGCGUGCUUACAAUCAUAUGCAUCGUCGUGUUAAUCAUUUUUCAAGCAGAAAUCAACGGACGUACCUACUGAAGUCACCAAAACGUAAUUUUAUACGUUAGUGGGAAGAUCUUAAACUACUUAUCUUAUCCUCGAAAUGCUAGAUAAUCAUUAUAAGCAGUAGAGAAGUGAUGCACUUACAAAACUAUGGCUUCGUGACUAAAUCUUUGUGUUUCCAUGACAGUUACUGACGUCCACACAUACAAACCACUUCUGCAUCUUUUGUCUCUUUCUUUUCUCUUCGUAAAGAGCUAGACUCAACUGUUUAAGAGAACCGACUCAUGCAAUUGCCACAUGUGCCAACACCAGCAGACUGGAAGCUUUAAAUCCCAAUGUAUACCUGUCCUGACUGCAUAGGUAUGUGUGUUUGCAA